CCAUUUUCCAGUAGCAAGUAUCGGGUCUGGUCUGGGUAGGAGACAAUAGCUCCCAAUUCGUUGAAUAUAUACCCCUUGAAAAAAAGAAAAAGUUAGGGUUUCACCAAAAUCAACCGAUCUUGUCUUUUUCUUAUAAAGCUCUGCAAGUAAUUCUUCUUUAUUCUGUUCGUCGAUCAUGGCUAUGGAGUGUAUAACAGAGUUUCCUCACAAUCAUAUGGAUCGCCGUCCUCGUAAAAGACUAAGGCUGUUAGGUUGGGAUGUUCUUCCUUCUGCGACGUCUGAGGCUCAGAUAGGAAUAAUAUGUGCGCACGAAGUUGGAAAUGUUACGAGCUUUGUUCCUUCAGACCACACUACUAGUUCUUCUCUAUUUGGAAAGGGUGUUGUUCGAAAUGGUUCUCCUCCAUGGAGAGAUGAUGAUAAAGAUGGGCAUUACGUGUUUGCAAUUGGAGAUAAUUUAACUGCUCGCUACAAGAUACACAGCAAGAUGGGUGAAGGAACCUUUGGGCAGGUUUUGGAAUGCUGGGAUAAAGAUAGGAACGAAAUGGUGGCUGUCAAAAUCAUCCGUUCUAUUAAGAAGUAUCGUGAGGCAGCAAUGAUAGAAGUUGAUGUUCUUGAGAAGCUUGCUAGACACGAUAAAAAUGGGAUCAAUUGUGUGCAAAUACGUAGCUGGUUUGACUAUCGUAACCAUAUAUGUAUUGUAUUUGAGAAGCUUGGUCCAAGCUUAUACGAUUUUCUCCGGAAAAACAAUUAUCGCUCAUUUCCUAUUGAUCUAGUCCGUGAACUUGGAAGACAGCUUUUGGAAUCUAUAGCAUUUAUGCAUGAUUUGCAUCUUGUCCAUACCGACUUGAAGCCUGAGAACAUACUUCUUGUGUCGCCAGAGUAUGUAAAGGUGCCGGAUUUGAAGAAGGUUUCUUCUCGAUCGCCCAAAGAUGGAUCCUAUUACAAGAGGUUGCCAAAAUCAAGUGCUAUCAAGGUUAUUGAUUUUGGCAGUGCAACUUAUGAUCGUCGUGAUCACAGUUAUAUUGUAUCUACACGGCACUACCGUGCUCCUGAGGUUAUUCUUGGACUUGGAUGGAGUUACCCUUGUGAUAUUUGGAGUAUAGGUUGUAUCUUAAUUGAGCUCUGCUCGGGAGAGACAAUGUUUAAGACACAUGAGAACUUAGAGCAUCUGGCCAUGAUGGAGAGGGUAUUGGGGUCAAUACCAAGUCACAUGUUGAAGACAGUUGGAUAUCAUGCUGAGAAAUACAUAAGAAAGGGAAGAUUGAAUUGGCCUGAGGGUGUGACAUCCCGGGAAAGCAUUAAAGCUGUUUCGAAGUUGCCACGUUUACCGAACCUAGUGAUGGAUCAUGUUGACCACUCGGCUGGUAAUCUAAUAGGACUGUUGCAAGGUCUCCUCACAUUUGAUCCUUUGGAUAGAAUGACUGCUCGAGAAGCGCUUAGGCAUCCUUUCUUCACACGAGAGCGUCAAAGAAUAUCUCAAGCUUUUUAACAACCAAGCGUCAAAGAAUAUCUCAAGCUUUUUAACAACCAAGUCGAGCAUUGCACGAAUUUACCUUGUACAUGGAACUUAUUUUGUAUCAAUUGUAUUUGUUUCCGAGGAUGCACUAUGUUUGCGUUACAAGGAUUUCUAUUGUAGUUUGCCUUUACAAAAAAGUAAAACUUAUUUCCACAUCAAUAACAGUUGGAGAACUUUCAGAACUGUAGCCACAAUUUUUCGUCUGUAUCAAGGAACUGUGUUUUCUGUUUCUGGG